UGAUCCCAACCAAGGUUGCACGUGUAACCUCAACGUUAUGAAAAAACUCCGUUGUUUGUUUGUCAUGCAUCAAUCUCCCAUUUUUAUGCAUGUCGCACAAACGUGCUUAUAAAGUGCAGAUCUUUUCCCAGUUAGAAUCUCAGUUGUGAAAUGCAGUAAUAAGAGUAAGGGGGUUUUUAGUCAAUUUUUUUAAAACACAUUGGGUGCAAGAUGUUUGUUUAUUAUGCAGUCGCUGUGGUGGCAGUGUUAAUUAUUUACUACUUUAUUUUUGCGGAGGAUCGGUCGAAGGAACCACCAGGUCCACGCCCAUGGCCCAUUAUUGGAAAUUUGUUGGACAUUGCAAACGCUUCGUCCGACUUAACACAGACCUUUGGAAACUUGUCUGAAAAGUAUGGGGAAAUUUUUUCCAUCAAAGUGGGGAUGAAGCGUACAGUUGUUCUCACAUCGAAAGAAGCUAUGUUUACGGUUAUUCAACACGAAGCAGCCAUGGGCCGAGACAGGAGUGGUCUGUUUGCGGAUAGAAGUUUUAAUAAAAAUCUUGGAAUUGCCACGGGUGAAGGUGAAAUUUGGGAAAAAUCGAGAGUAUGGAUGUUUAAGAAGUUACGUGAAUAUGGAUUUGGCAAAUCAAUGGAGAUGGAACAUCACAUUAAGGACGCUUGCGAAGCUCUAUUUUCCCAAAUUGACAAAGAUUCUAAGGAACACGGUGUAGUUGAAACGAAUCAUAUUUUUAACGCCCACAUAAUGACGAUAAUGUGGCAAAUGAUGUUUGGCCCACUGUCCAGCAAAGAUUUUGCCGACUUGACCCGUAUUUCCGCAUCGAGUGAUGAUUUUGUUAAUAGUGGUGUCACGGGAAUGGGGAUUAUUAACGCGUUCCCAUUUUUGCGACACAUAUGUCCACGUUUGUUAAAGUACAAUGUUCCAAUGGACUUUUUCAAUACGUGCAAUGAUAUUGCAAAGAAAUUAUUCAACGAAGCAAAAUCACGCAUGAAAGAUUUAGACGUCCCGACAAGUCUUACCGAAUCCUUCGUCCAAAAUUGCAAAUCUGAUGGGGACAUUAUUUUUAAUUGUGAAAACUUUCAAAUUAUGUUUCAAGAUUUAAUUUUGGGCAGUACUGACACAACGAGCAGCUACUUGGAGUCUGUAGUUCUUUACUUAAUCCUUUUUCCCGACAUUCAGGAAAAAAUUUAUCAAGAAAUAUUAGACGUAGCUCCUGACAACAGAUUUAUUGAGUUUUCGGAUAGAAAAAAGAUGAUUUAUACGCAAGCGUUUUUACUAGAGUCGCAUCGAAAUGGGCGAACAUUACCGAAUUUUGUACCCCGGAGAGCUCUUUAUGAUUUUUAUUACAAGAAAUAUAUCAUUAAGAAGGACACAAUGAUUAUGGUGGAUACGCGACUUUACUAUGAAGACAAGGAGACAUGGACCGACCCAGAAGUAUUUCGCCCAGAAAGGUUCAUUAAUGAAAAUAAUGAAAUUUUCAAUGCGUCAGGAAUAAUAAAUUUUUCAGUCGGAAAACGGAACUGUCCGGGAGAAUUGUAUGCAAACGUGACAUCAUUUUUGUUUCUUACUUCACUCUUGCAAAGAUAUAAAAUCAGUGUGCCACAAGGUCAACCAAAACCUCCAAUGGCGCUAAGUGCCGGAUUUGCUUUAAAGCCAUAUCCCUACCAGGCCUCCUUCACGAGAAGGGUGUAAUAGUGAGAUAGCAAUAUUCUACAUACAUAACACGUCUUGCAUUAUUUAUGGCAAAGUGAAAGUCUGUUUAGUAUAUCGAAGUAAGUACCAGGAAUAAUUAAGUAUGCUUUGAUUACUUGGUGUGCUAUCAAGGUUUUACGGAAAUAAAAAAAAUGUUUUAAAAUCUCAACCUUAGAGUUUGAGACUAAG